AUGAUAGAGAUAUCGGUGAUGAUGAUGAUAGAGAUAUUGAAGAUGAUAGAGAUAUCGGUGAUGAUAAUGAUAGAGAUAUUGAUAAUUAUGAUGAUAGAGAUAUUGACGACGAUGAAGAUAGAGGUAUUGGUGAAGAAGAUAAUAAUGAUAUUGGUGAAGAAAAUAACGAUGGUAUUGGUGAAGAAGAUAAUAAUAGUAUUAGUAAAGAUAAUGGUAAUAUAGACAUCGGCAAUGAUGAUUGUGAUAUUGAUGAUAGUAAUAUCAAUGAAAAAAUAGAUAUUAGUAACGGCAAUAAAACAAUGAAUGAUGAUGAGGAUUUAGAAACCUACCUAUAG